AGCAGCAGCAGCAGCGGCGGGAGGGACCCUAGACUCCCGCGAAGCCAUGCAGUCAGAGGAGCUCUUCAACAGGAAGCUGAAAUCCUUGAACGGCAGCAUGGGGCCUCCGGCCAACACCGCGCAGCAAAGCAAGUCCGACGGGGGAGGCAAAGCCAAUGGGACCACACCCGCCAUGCCCAAGAUGGGGGUCCGCGCCAGGGUGACGGACUGGCCCCCGAGAAAGGAUGGCUGGGACGGCCGUUUGGGUCCCAACUACGAAAGCGUCAUAAUGGCAUUUCAGAACGGGCAGCCGGACCAACGCAUGGACAUGGGCGAGAUGGAGGAGCCGCCUCUGGACUCUGACUACCCCGAGACUAAGUACAUGUUGAGUGACCUUUUGAACCGCUCGCCCUUGAAGGGCCUCCACCCCAUCCGCCAGAGGAGCAACAGCGACGUGACCAUCAGCGACAUCGACUCGGAGGACCUGAUGGACCAGAAGGCGGUCAACCCGAACACCGGCGCCUCGCUGCACCGGGAGUACGGCAGCACCUCGUCCAUCGACCGGCAAGGGCUCUCCGGACUCUCGGCGCUGACCGGCGAGGGCUUCUUCACCCUGCUGCGGGGCUACCGGGUGGACACCCUGGACCACCGCGGCAUGCCACCGCUGGGCUUCCCCGAGCUCCUGCGCUGCGAGACGGCGCUGUCGCCCAGCCUGCAGACGGCGGCGCAGAUCGCCCGCGGCGAGAUCGUGCGCAUCUCCAACUACGACUACGUGGACAGCUCGCUGCUCUACAGCCGCGAGCGCGAGAAGUCCUUCAUGCGGCGCCUCAAGUCCGACUCGUCCGAGACCACGUCGCUCUUCCGCAAGCUGCGCACCAUCCGGAGCGAGCACGACGGCCUGCGGCUCUUCAUGGAGGACGACCGGCGGCCGUUCAGCUUCCAGAAGUGCUUCGCCCACUACGACGUCCAGAGCGUGCUCUUCAACGUCAGCGAGGCGCUGGCCGGCAGGGUCACCCUCGUUCCGAGGAAGAACGUGACGACCGGGGCGUCGGCCGCCUCGCAGUACCAGGUCUGCGGAGGAAUCACGCCCGCGUCCUUCGAGUCCCCCCUGGGCAGCCGCGAGGACCUGAACCCCAAAGAGAACCUGGACGCGGAUGAGGGCGACGGCAAGAGCAACGGACUGGUGCUCACCUGCCCCCACUUCCGCAACGAGGUCGGCGGCGAGGGGGAGCGGCGGAUCUCCCUCUCGCGGGCCAACAGCGCCACCUACAACGUCGGCGGCGAGAGCUGCUCGUUCGAGUCGUCCCUGAGCUCGCACUGCACCAACGCCGGCGUCUCGGUCUUGGAGGUGCCCCGAGAGAACCAGCCCAUCCACCGGGAGAAGGUCAAGCGCUACAUCAUCGAGCACAUCGACCUGGGCGCGUACUACUACCACAAGUACUUUUACGGGAGAGAGCACCAGAACUACUUUGGAGUGGAUGAGAAUCUCGGGCCUGUGGCUGUAAGCGUGCGCAGAGAAAAGCUGGAAGAUAACAAGGAGAGGGAGGCGAGUCAGUACAACUAUCGCGUCACCUUCCGGACCAGCCAGCUGACCACUCUUCGGGGAGCCAUCCUGGAAGACGCGGUGCCCUCCACCGCCCGGCACGGCACUGCCCGCGGCCUGCCCAUAAAGGAGGUUCUGGAGUACGUGGUCCCUGAGCUGAACAUCCAGUGCCUGAGGCUGGCCCUCAACUCCCCCAAGGUCCCCGAGCAGCUCCUCAAGCUGGACGAGCAGGGGCUGAGUUUCCAGCACAAGGUGGGUGUCCUGUACUGCAAGGCUGGCCAGAGCACCGAGGAGGAGAUGUACAACAACGAGAGCGCCGGGCCGGCGCUGGACGAGUUCCUGGACCUGCUGGGCCACAGAGUGCGCCUCAAGGGCUUCACCAAGUACAGAGCCCAGCUGGACAACAAGACGGACUCCACGGGCACACACUCGCUCUACACCACCUACAAAGACUACGAGCUGAUGUUCCACGUCUCCACCCUUCUGCCCUACACCCCCAAUAACAAGCAGCAGCUGUUGAGGAAGAGGCACAUAGGAAACGACAUCGUCACCAUUGUGUUCCAAGAGCCUGGCGCCCUGCCUUUCACUCCCAAAAACAUUCGCUCGCACUUCCAGCACGUGUUUGUCAUCGUCAAAGUCCACAACCCCUGCACAGAGAACGUCUGCUACAGUGUGGCCGUGUCUCGAUCGAAAGACGUGCCUCCCUUCGGUCCUCCCAUCCCCAAGGGCGUGACCUUUCCGAAGUCGGCCGUGUUCCGGGACUUCCUGCUCGCCAAGGUGAUCAACGGCGAGAACGCGGCGCACAAGUCGGAGAAGUUCCGCGCCAUGGCCACGCGCACGCGGCAGGAGUACCUCAAGGACCUGGCGGAGAACUUCGUCAGCACGGCCACCGUCGACUCGGCCGUCAAGUUCAGCUUCAUCACGCUCGGCGCCAAGAAGAAGGAGCGCAGCAAGCCGCGCAAGGACGCCCACCUGCACAGCGUGGGCGCCGUCACCUGGGGCGUGGUGGCGCGCGACUUCGCCCACUCGGCCGACGUCAGCUGCCUGCUGGGCGUCUCCAACGAGUUCCUCGUGCUGGUGGAGGAGGACUCCAAGAACGUGGUGUUCAACUGCUCGUGCCGCGACGUCAUCGGCUGGACGUCCAGCGUGGCCGCCGUCAAGGUGUUCUACGAGCGCGGCGAGUGCGUCCUGUUCUCCGCGCUUGAGCACUGCGCCGAGGACAUCCUGGAGAUCGUCCAGCGGCUGGAGAUUGUGACUCGGGGCUGCGAGACCUCGGAGAUGACUCUGCGGCGAAACGGCCUGGGUCAGCUGGGUUUCCACGUCAACUUCGAGGGCAUCGUGGCCGACGUGGAGCCCUUCGGCUUCGCCUGGAAGGCUGGCCUGCGGCAGGGCAGCCGCCUGGUGGAGAUCUGCAAGGUGGCGGUGGCUACGCUCACCCAUGAGCAGAUGAUUGACCUGCUCCGCACCUCCGUCACGGUCAAGGUGGUCAUCAUCCAGCCCUACGACGACGGCACUCCCCGCAGGGGCUGUUCGGAGCUCUACCGCAUCCCUAUGGUGGAGUAUAAGCUGGACAGCGAGGGCACACCCUGCGAGUACAAGACGCCCUUCAAGCGGAACACCACCUGGCACCGUGUGCCCACGCCGGCCAAUCAGGCGCUGCCCCGCGGGUCGCCCACCCAGGGCCCCGAGCGGCUGCAGUGUCAGCAGAUCCUGCAGCACACGCAGUCCUCCGCUAUCCCACGAAGCACCUCUUUCGACAGGAAGCUGCCCGACGGGCCCAGGAUGAUGCAGGAUGUGGAGAACCCUCAGAUGGUGUCCUGUGGUAAGGGCGACCCCAGAGAGCACUACCGCAGCUCCCCCAGCAACCAGUCCUCCUCCAGCGACCCCGGGCCCAGCGGCAGCAGCACCUGGGCCCAGCAGCCAGGCUAUGACGGGUGCCAGUCGCCAGUGCUUCACGAGCGGCCGGGCGAGGGGCAAAGCAUGAUGGGAGAGGGAGAGGGCUUGCGGGAGAGAGAGCACACACUGGAGCGGACCAGGUCUGCAGAGGCUAAAUGGCACAUCCCCUCCACCAAGAUCCUCAACUCCCUCAAAGAGAGGGGCAAGGACUCCCCCAACAAACUGAGUCGUACGGGCGACAAAAACUCCAGCCACUCCAGCAGCAACACGCUGUCCAGCAACGCCUCCUCCAGCACCAGCGACGACAAGCACUUUGGCUCGGGCGACCUCAUGGACCCCGAGAUGCUGGGCCUCACCUACAUCAAGGGCGCGUCCACCGACAGCGGCAUCGACACGGCGCCCUGCUCCUCCUCCGGCGUGCCCGGGGCGGGAGCGGCGGCCGGGGCCGGGCCGGCGGCGGGGGGCGCCUGCGCCCGCGUGGCCCACCAGGGUCGGGGGCUGGAGCAGGGUCACCCGUCCUGGGCCGGAGGCGGCGAGGAGGGCGCGGCGCUGCCGGACGAGGAGCACGGCGGGAAGCUGUACCUGCCCCAGGGCUGCUACGCCGCCGCCCUGGUGGCGGGGCACGUGACCGACGGGAGCAUGGGGGACCUCAGCGAGCUGUCGUCCCACUCCAGUGGUUCCCACCACUCGGGCAGCCCUCGUGCGCGGGGGUCUCGGCACAGCGUCUCCCCCGACCUCCACAGGUCCCCCCUCAUUGCUGCGGGGCCCAGCCCAGGCCCCGGGGCCACCGCCACCGCCACCGGACAGGAGGGCCACACACACAGGAAACGUGCCGAAGACAGGCCCGGCCUCACGGAGCCACCCAGCCUGUCAGGGUGUGGGCAGAUGUACGCCGCCGAGAUGGCCAGCAGGAUGCGGGAGACGGAGCGAGGGAAGCUGCAGCCGGGCAUGUCCAAGGAGGAGUACCUGAAGAUGAUGGCGCUGCCCGACAGCCCGCCCGGCGAGGACGGACACAGGAAGACGUCUGCGUCCGGCAGCCUGUCCCCGCGGCGCUCGCUCUACCGCACGCUGUCGGACGAGAGCGUGUGCAGCAGCAACAGGAAGGGCUCGUCCUACUCCAGCUCGCGCAGCUCCAUGCUGGACCAGGCCAUGCCCAGCGACAUCCUCUUCAGCUCCACGCCAGCCUACCACAGCACGCUGCCCCCCAGGAUGGGCAUCUGCCAGCCCGGCUCCAACCUCAGGAAUGAGUUCUGGUUCUCCGACGGCUCCCUCGCCGACCGCGCCAAAUUCACAGACCCGGGGCUCAUGCCCCUGCCAGAUGUGGCCUCCGACCUGGACUGGUCGCACCUGGUCGAUGCAGCACGGGCCUUCGAAGACCAGCGCGUGGCGUCCUUCUGCACCAUGACGGACAUGCAGCGGGCCGAGGCUCUGCAGAUCUCCCAGGAGCUGACCAGGAGGGUGGCCGCCGCUGAGGGAGCCGCAUUGCAGGCUGGGGAAACCUCUCCUGCCACUCUGACAGGCAAAGUCAACCAGCUGGAGGUGAUUCUGAGGCAGCUGCAGUACGACCUGAGAAAGGAGAAGG